AUGCUGAAGUUUCGCUUCGGAAAAUGCUACGGAGACAACACGAGACAAAUACUUAGAGAAAUACGCUCUAAGGGACUUUUCAAUAAGCCACUGGAGUACCGCCCACGAGACAAUUACGAGCUGAACCAUCUCCCACGCUUCGAAGAGCCACAGAGGGACAUUUACGACGGGAUCAGAAACAAGCCACCAGCGCACAUGACGGGGUACACUGGUUAUGUUCCUGGGAUGAAUUUUAGUUACGGGAAAUCAUAUGGACGGACGGCAGAUGACUGCAUGGCAAACUUUACAGAGAGACAGAGAGAAUUACGACGCAAAGCAGAUUUAAACAGAAGCUAUGUUCGAUCAAGAAGCGCGCCCAAGAUGGAAACAGUUCAUUCAAGAGAUGAAAUUCGACGAGACUUGAACAGAUUUAGGGAGAUUAAUAAGUAUAAAGAAAACACGAUAUCGCCGGAAUUUCCACCAAUUGCGGGUUACACGGGACACAUCCCACGAAUUAAAGGAUCCGAAGCUUCUCUCAGUCAACGAUACCAUUGCGCGGCAAAACGAGGUUUGGAACUCAUUAAAAUGGAAAGAGAAAAUCGUAAAGAGUUACAAAAUGCUGAUACAAAUAUAAAAGCAAUAUUGAAAGAGAAUGGAAAGAAGUAUUCUUAUUGGAACUGGGGAUAGCAUACAGGCAGAAGAAUGUUUUUCACCAAGAGACGGUGAACAUUCUUCUAUAAAACGGAACGAACAGUAUUUAAUUAGAAGAAUUAAAGAGGAUUCGAGUCAAUAUACUAGAUUUGUACGUCGUUAAAGUCAUUGUCCAUAGGCC